UAAGAGGCGGGGUCCCAGCUUCCCUGAAAGGCGCGCUCCCGGCGGGUCCCACCCAGUCCAGUGCUGCCGUCUGUUCCUGCUCCACCGUCCGUACCAGACCCAGCGCCGCUAUGCCCAAGUGCCCCAAGUGUGAGAAGGAGGUGUACUUCGCCGAGCGGGUGACGUCCCUAGGGAAGGACUGGCACCGGCCGUGUCUGAAGUGCGAGAAGUGUGGGAAGACACUGACCUCAGGGGGCCACGCUGAGCACGAGGGCAAGCCCUACUGCAACCACCCCUGCUAUGCCGCCAUGUUCGGGCCCAAAGGCUUCGGGCGAGGCGGAGCCGAGAGUCACACCUUCAAGUAGACCCAGGUUGUGGCGACCCCAUCCCCGGCCUGCUGGACCACUGCCCCUCCAGGCUGGUGGUGCCCAGCCUUAACUCCAGGCCCCUCGGGCUCCCCUGUAGCCCCUCACGCCCUCAAUAAACCCAAUGCUGGGAA